AUGAGUUACGGGGAGGAGACGGCCGUCGAAGAAGUUGAGCACGACAAGGCCGCGCAGGCCACCAACCACGACGACGACGACGAUGAAGACUCACUUGCACGCCUGGAGAAUGCAGCAAGCCGGCCCAUCUCCAUGACACAGAUCUCGAGGCCAAACUCAACCAGGCCCGAACUCUACCUGGCCAAGCUCAAGCAGGCCAAGCAGGAGCUCUACGAGCGACAUGAGGCGCUCAUCGAGAGUGUUGCUGCGAGGAGGAAGCGGUCGAGAGCAGGUCGACGGCCAAGAGGGAGGAGAUGUGUUUUGCUGAUGGAUGUCGAUGGAUAUUUGAGGGUCUUGCUGUGUGGUAGGUGCGGGGAGCGAGAGGAAGGGUUUUUCGUUUCGGCUGAGGCGGGAUAG